AUUACCCUUUUUCAAGUAGAUUAUGCAGAAACUCAGUGGACGGCGAAAUUCGCAUCAGUACGGUUCGCAAAAAUUCAACAAAAUGUGGAUCGCUCUGCUGGGGCUUACAGUCUUAUUCAUAGUCAUUUGGCAAUUUUUAAAACAAAUUAAUGAAACUUACUAUAUUCUUUCAUUAACAAAACGAGUGCAAACGCAAGAUGGCAGUCCGUUGGAGAGCAAAGUUGUCGUUAUUCCCGGAAAAACACGAUUUGGCAAUAAUUUUGAUCUUCUUAAAUUAACGCCUGCAACUAUUUUUAAUUAUAUACGAGAUUCCACUGCCAAAGCCAAUGGUAAAAACUAUCUGUGGUACUUUUUACUCGCACCCGAGUAUAAUGUAGUACGUGCCGAAGAAGCUGAAAAAAUAUUUCAGAGCACCAAGCUAUUAACAAAGAAUAUGGUUUAUGAAAUGAUAAGACCAUUUCUGGGUGACGGACUCCUGAUUAGCACAGACCACAAAUGGCACUCGAGACGGAAAACAUUGACCCCUGCUUUUCAUUUUAAUGUACUGCAGUCUUUUCUCUCCAUUUUUAAAGAAGAGUGCACUAAGUUAAUGAAAGUUUUAGAUAAAAACUCAGGCGGCGAACUGGAACUUAACCAGAUUAUUCCACAGUUUACUCUAAAUAAUAUAUGCGAAACCGCUCUCGGUGUGAAACUGGAUGACAUGUCGGAGGGAAACGAGUACCGAAAGGCCAUCCAUGACUUUGAAGAGAUAUUUAAUCAGCGCCUGUGCAACCCGCUUAUGUAUUACGACUGGUACUUCUACCUUUUCGGAGAUUAUCAAAAGCAGGCGAAGAAGCUUCGGAUAAUCCACGACUUCUCAAGUAUUAUUAUCCGACGAAAAAGGAAGCUAUUUCAGCAAAAGCAACUCGGAAAGGUGGAUGAAUUUGGCAAGAAGCAGCGAUAUGCAAUGCUGGAUACCCUUUUAGCCGCCGAGGCUGAAGGCCAAAUAGAUCAUCAAGGAAUCUGCGACGAGGUCAACACCUUCAUGUUCGGCGGAUAUGAUACAACCUCCACCUGUCUAAUCUUUACCCUGCUCAUGUUGGCUUUGCAUGAGGAGGUCCAAAAACGAUGUUAUGAGGAGGUGGAGAACCUUCCCGAGGACAGCGAUGAUAUCAGUGUGUUCCAGUACAACGAACUGGUCUAUUUGGAUUGUGUGAUCAAGGAAUCGCUGAGGAUGUUUCCCCCAGCACCGCAGAUUGGACGAAAAUGCGUGGAGAAAUGUGUUGUGAACGGUUUGGUCUUGCCCAAGAAUACCCAGAUAAGCAUCCACAUAUACGACAUCAUGAGGGAUCCCCGUCAUUUCCCGAAGCCUGAUCGGUUCCAACCGGAACGUUUUCUACCAGAGAACACCGUGAAUCGACAUCCUUUCGCAUUUGUGCCAUUUAGUGCAGGUCAAAGAAAUUGCAUAGGUCAGAAGUUCGCCAUUCUGGAGAUCAAGGUACUCUUGGCAGCGGUCAUCAGGAACUUUAAGCUACUGCCCUCCACUCAGUUUGAGGAUCUUACUUUUGAGAACGGAAUUGUACUGCGUACCCAGCAGAACAUUAAAGUGAAAUUAGAGACAAGGAUUAAGUAGUAAAAUAUUAUGUAA